CCCCACAGCCCAAUUGAAGAGAUACCACCAUGCAGAUGAGAGAAAUACCGCCCGGACCUAACCCCUUCGAGGAAACCUACAAACAAAUCCACCGCUCCCCCGAACUCUCCGGCCAAGAGGAACAAACCUCCAAAAUCGCCGCCUCACACCUUAAAAACCUCGGUUUCGACGUCCACACACACAUCGGCGGCUAUGGCCUCGCAGGGGUUCUACGCAACGGACGAGGGCCGACCGUCCUCCUCCGCGCCGACAUGGACGCCCUCCCCGUCGAAGAGAAAACCGGCCUGCCCUACGCAAGCACCAAAACCGCCACAGAUUCCGACGGGGAGACCGUCCCCGUGAUGCACGCCUGCGGCCACGAUACCCACGUUGUCUGCCUCAUGGCUGGCGCCAGCCUGCUGCACGCAGCGCGGGAGCACUGGUCCGGAACACUGAUCUGUCUGUUUCAGCCGGCGGAGGAGCAUGUGAGCGGUGCGCGGGCGAUGAUCGAGGACGGGCUGUACGAUAAAGUCCCGAAGCCGGAUGUGGUGCUUGCGCAGCAUCUGGUCCGGAUGAAGACGGGGACGGUAAGUGUGAAGGCUGGGAGGCUGCUGACGGCUGCGGAUGGGAUGCAUGUGCGGGUGUAUGGGCGUGGUGGGCAUGGCUCGGCGCCGCAGUCGUGCAUCGAUCCGAUUGUUAUUGGGGCAGCGAUUGUGACGAGGCUGCAGAGUAUUGUGAGUCGGGAGGUGACGCCGGGGGAGUUGGCGGUUGUGACUUGUGGGAGUAUCCAUGGGGGCACCAAGUCGAAUAUCAUUCCGGAUCAGUUGGAUCUGAAGCUCAGUGUGCGGACGUAUGAUAAAGAGACUCGUGAGCGAGUCAUCGCGGGGAUUAAGCGGAUUGUUGAAGCUGAAUGCGAGGCAGCUGGUGCCGUGGAGAAGCCAUCUGUCAAGAUAGUCUCGUCCACACCGGCUACCAUCAACGACGAGGCUACUGUGCGUGCGCUCAAGGAGACUUUUGGCGCCUACUUCCGGGAGAAUCUGGUCGAGUCGGAGUCUAUAGCGGCAAGUGAGGAUUUCUCCCUUUUAGCAACUGCGGUUGGGGCCCCGUACGUGAUGUGGACGUAUGGCGGCGUCGACGAGAAGACAUGGGAUGAUGCCGUGGCCAAGGGGACGGUGAACGAGCUGCCGAGUAACCAUUCGCCGUUCUUUGCGCCGUGUAUCCAGCCGACUCUGCGGACGGCCGUUGAUGCGAUGAGCCUGGGGGCGCUUACUUUUCUCCGGCUAUAG